AUCGUUGCUCUUCAAACCUUGUAUUAUACCUCCAUUUCUAUCAUCACGCUCUUCACACUUUUACUUACGGGGUAUGAUAUAACGUUAGAUUACUUAUUGGAUUAUCAAUCGUUCAGAGCUGAUACUGUAUUGGGAUGGACAAUAGGCUUUGCAUGGAUAGCAAACUCUGUCGUAGGUUAUUAUUCUGGUCAAUUACCUACAACUUUUGUAUGGUGGGCUCUAAAUGUAAUAACUUGUUUUAUCAUGAUCUUUGGCGGUGAACUUUACUGUAUGAGAAAAGAGAUGGAACCCAUCUUAUUAAAUGAGGACUCUGGUGAGAGCAGUAAUACUGCUGGUGCCAGUAGUGUUACUAAAACGAAAAUAAGUGCUGAUGUUGAUCGUGAUAGAUAUGAGAUGGUACCAAUGGAAGAAAUAGA